GCAGAUUUGCAGAGCCCGACCCGGUGCGCGCAAUCACCUCCUUUGAACCAUUUUCCUGCCCUAUACUUCAACCCCCCCCGCGCCAACCCCUCUUCUAUCCGCACGUGUUAGAUCGUAAAUAACUAACAAACAUCCCCCUCCCUUCGUAGAAAGGUGGCGCGCCUCAUCCAUCCACUCGUCACGAGGCUAGACCCCAGCCGGUUUCUCAUAGCACUCGACACGACUCUCUUCCGACUCGUCGCGCAGAUGGAGGACGACUGACUCCAACUGGUUACGCACCGAGCGGCGGUUACAGCACCAGUCCUAGCCACAGCAACAGUUUCGACCACGGCUACAGGCCGAACUUACAAUCUACCAUGUCGCCGCCCCCUACCGCGACUGGCCCGCGACCCACGGCCCAUAACCGCCCACCUCCUACAAGUCGACCACCGCCCUCACCUACCCCUCAGGACGGCGCCGCAGACCCUACUCUGCUACCGCUAUUCAAAGCCGUCGAUAAGAACAAUACCGGCCAGCUCUCGGAGAAGGAACUCUCGGCCGCGCUCGUAAACGGCGACUGGACGGCGUUCGACCCGCAGACGGUGCGCAUGAUGAUACGCAUGUUCGACAGCGACCGGUCGGGGACGAUCGGGUUCGAGGAGUUCUGCGGCCUGUGGUCGUUCCUGGCGUCGUGGCGGGCGCUGUUCGACCGGUUCGACGCGGACCGCAGCGGGAACAUCAGCCCGGACGAGUUCAGCAACGCGCUCGUCGCCUUCCGGUACCGCCUGAGCCCCGGCUUCGUCGACCUGCUGUUCCGCACCUACGACAAGCGCAACGAGGGCGUCAUGAGCUUCGACCUCUUCGUCCAGGCCUGCAUCAGCCUCAAGCGCAUGACCGACGUCUUCAAGAAGUACGACGAGGACCGCGACGGCUACAUCACCCUCAGCUUCGAGGACUUCCUCGUCGAGAUCCUGAAGCAGCUCAAGUGAGGAAAGCUACCUAGCUUUCCCGCGGAGGAAUUGGCGUUGUUUUAUAAUAAGCAUGGGUGUGGGGA